UGGGAAAGACGAAAAAGGCCAAGUAGUUCACCGAAACAACGAGAACACCACAAAGGGAUAGAUAGAUUUCUCAGAAAGCGCCAAACUUGAACGCUCAAAGCGUGUACAUGGAAGCUGCGAGCCUGCGAUGCUACUUCGCUUCCUCAAGCUGAAGUUAUGCAACACAGUAGUAGUAGACCAACUGCGAGUCUCGGACUUGAAGAACUCUGCAACGAUUCCACACGCUUUUCGCUGAACCCUUCGAACUUCCGUCAUAUUCCUUACUUUGUUACUACCGGCUUCUCCAUCAGAUUGUCUGGAUAAGAUGUUUCUCGUGCCCACCAUCUGUUCGACGAAAUUUCACCAGACCACUCCUCUGCAUUUCUUCAGGUACAGCGCCUGCUCAAUUUACACAAAGACUCCCACUUUCUGUGUCACUUCGCUGGGCGGAAGCUACCCACCGAAGAGGGGGGCUCUUUCUCCGCAUAAUUGUUCCAGUAAGUUGAAUUUCUCCAGUGGGGGUUGGUUGUCGGAAUGGAAUAGACCUAAAAAGGAUAGUCGACCAAAGCCUCCCAAGGCUGCUUUAGAUUACGCUAGCGAUGAAAAUCACAAUGGUGGGAGUGGGGGUGGUAGGGGGAGUACUAUGGAGAGGAUUGUGGAGAAACUGAAGAAACAUGGGUAUGCCAAUGAUGGUGAUGAUCGCGAUGAUAGUGAUGAGAAGACUGAGAAAGUUAGAGAGAGAGUGAUAGAGAAAGGAAGUGUGGAGGAUAUAUUCUACAUAGAAGAAGGGAUGUUGCCAAAUCCACAAGGUGGGUUCUCGAAGGAAUCGCCUUUAGGGAUAGAGAGCGUGUUCAAGACGAGCGAUGGGGAGAUUCGAUUCCCAUGGGAGAAGCCGAAAAAGGACGAGGAGGAGGGGAAGUGGAGUGCUAAAAAGGAGAGCAGGACAUUGUUUGCAGAGCUGACAUUGCCCCAGUCAGAGUUGAGGAGGUUGAGGAACUUGACUUAUCAAACAAAGAGCAAGACUAGGAUUAAGGGCUCAGGAGUUCCUCAGGCCAUCGUGGAUGCCAUUCGAGAGAAGUGGAAAUCUUCUGAAAUUGUGAAGAUCAAAGUAGAGGGAGCAUCUGCUCUUAACAUGAGACGGAUGCAUGAGAUACUUGAGAAAAAAACUGGUGGCAUGGUGAUUUGGAGGUCGGGCUCCUCAAUCUCGUUAUAUAGGGGUGUUAGCUAUGAGGUUCCUGGGUUUCAACAGAAACGAAUUUUAACGAAAACUAGAGAAUCCACAAAGCCCUUGCAACCAGUUUCCAGUAACCAUCUUGCUUUCCCCUCAACCCAUACUGAGAAUGAAGUUCCUGCGUCUCCUCCGACCUCAGAUUUCCCCAUUGAGGAGGACAAGGAGCUAGGCAGAGAAAUAUCAUCAUCAGAAGUAAGCUACGAAACAGAAAUAGACAAACUGUUGGAAGGUCUUGGUCCAAGGUACGCAGAGUGGGCAGGAUGUGAUCCAUUGCCCGUGGACGCAGAUAUGCUUCCCGGUAUCGUUGCUGGAUAUCAACCUCCUUUCAGGAUACUUCCUUAUGGAGUCAGAUCUUCACUUGGACAUAAGGAGGCUACUUCCUUACGUAGACUUGCCCGGUUUCUUCCCCCGCAUUUUGCUCUAGGCAGAAACAGGAACCUCCAGGGCUUGGCUGUGGCCAUGAUCAAAUUAUGGGAGAAGAGUUCAAUCGCAAAGAUAGCUCUGAAGCGUGGCGUGCAGCUAACCACCAGUGAAAGGAUGGCUGAAGAGAUUAAGAAACUGACAGGGGGCAUACUGCUUUCGAGAAACAAGGACUUUCUAGUUUUCUAUAGGGGAAAGAACUUUCUAUCACCAGAUGUCACCGAAGCGUUGCUAGAACGAGAGAUGCUGGCGAAAUCGUUACAAGACGAAGAGGAGCAAGCGCGAUUAAGAGCAUCAGCCUUUGUAAUACCAAGUUCUGAUGCAGGAGAGCUAGUGGCAGGAACUGCUGGCACCCUCGAGGAGACUUUGAAUGCACAUGCAAGGUGGGGAAAAAGGUUGGAUGAUCAGCAUAAGGAAAAAAUAAGGAGACAGGGUGAAUUAGAGAGGCAUACCACCAUUGUCAGGAAGCUUGAAAGGAAGCUCAAAUUUGCUGAGAAGAGGCUGACGAAGGCUGAACAAACCUUGACAAAGGUGGAAGGCUAUCUGAAACCAUCUGAUAGACAGGCAGAUCCAGAAAGUAUAUCAGAUGAGGAGCGAUUCAUGUUCCGCAAGCUUGGUUUGAAGAUGAAAGCUUUCCUUCUUCUAGGAAGACGUGGGAUUUUCGAUGGAACAGUGGAGAACAUGCACUUGCACUGGAAAUACCGCGAAUUGGUGAAGAUUAUGUUGAAGGCUAAGAAUUUUGAGGAUGUCAAGAAAAUUGCACUAGCACUAGAAGCUGAAAGUGGAGGUGUCCUAGUUUCAGUUGAUAGAGUCUCCAAAGGAUACGCUAUAAUCGUAUACCGCGGCAACGACUAUAAGCGACCUUCCUCAUUGAGACCAGGGAAUCUAUUGACCAAGCGAAAGGCUCUGGCUCGUUCGAUCGAGAUCCAGAGGCGUGAGGCUCUACUGAAGCAUGUUUCGGCUCUAUACACAAAGGUGGAGACUUUGCGAGCUGAAAUUGAACGAAUGGACAUUGUAAAAGACAAUGGAGAUGAGCAGCUGUACGACAAAUUAGAUUCCGAGUAUCCAACUGAUGAUGAUGAUGAUGAAUCCGAUGAUAUCGAGGAAUUAGGAGGUGAAGCAUAUCUUGAGUCAUAUGAGAGUGACAGCGAUCUUGAUGGUAGUGGAGGUGAAGUAGAUGGCAGAAUGCAGACCAUCGAUGACGAAACCAGCUUCCAGUACACAGUGCAGAAUAAAUUGGAAUCUCAAUCCGAGCCCGAACCUGAGGAAGUCCAUACCCUCUUCCUGAAAACCCUCAGCAAGCCCCUCAAACGCCAGCUUCUUCCUCGUUUCGUCACCGCACUCUUGGAAUUACCCGGGCGCAACGACGCGUAUGCACGCCAACUGUUCGACGAAAUACCCCAGUGCACAGACCAGUUCCUCUGGACGUCCGUCAUACGUUACCAUGUCCGUCACGCUCGUUGCACUCAAGCCAUCGUCUUGUACGCCGAAAUGCAUCGCACGGGAGUCCCUCCUUCUCGUUUCACCUUCUCUUCGGUGCUCAAUGCGUGUGCUCGACUUCCCGCUAUCUUGGAAGGCAAGCAAGUGCACAAAAGGCUGAUCCAGUCCGGUCUUCUUCCGAACAACAAGAUAGUCGAAACUACAUUGCUCGAUAUGUAUGCGAAAUGUGGCUUUCUCGAUGACGCUCGAAGCAUCUUCGAUGCAAUGGUCCACAAGGAUUUAGUUGCUUUUACUACUAUGAUCUGCGGCUACACCAAAAUGAGCAGGAUGAGUGAGGCACGGCUUUUGUGUAAUACCAUGAAGGAGCAUAAUGUGGUUUCCUGGACUGCGAUGGUGGCUGGCUAUGCAAACUGUGGUGACAUGCGAGCAGCUAGAGAGCUGUACGAUGAGAUGGGCGAGAAGAACUCGGUUACUUGGGUGGCAAUGAUAGCAGGAUAUGGCAAGUGUGGUGAUGUGAAGGAGGCUAGAAGUGUGUUUGAUUGUGUACGAGAGACGGAAGAUGCUUCCUGUUGGGCUGCAAUGGUGGCGUGUUAUGCACAAAAUGGAUGUGCUAAGGAAGCUAUUGAUAUGUACAUGGAGAUGAGAGCAAGAGAAGUUAAAAUCAGUGAUGUCGCUAUUGUAGGAGCUCUUUCUGCUUGUACUCAGCUUGGAGAUGCUGAAUUGGCCACCACAUUGGCUGCAGAUGUUGGCCGACUAUGUCGUGGACGAGGGGUGUUCGUGUGGAAUGCUCUAAUCCACAUGCACGCAAAAUGCGGUUCCUUGGACUUAGCCCGGAAAGAAUUCAAUGCAAUGAAGGAGAGAGACGUAAUCACUUACAGCACAAUGAUCACAGCCUUGGCAGACCAUGGCCAGUCUCAGGAAGCUCUGAGCAUGUUCCAACAAAUGCAAAAUGAAGGGCUGAGGCCGAAUGAGGUUACCUUUAUCAGCAUUCUCAAUGCCUGCAGCCAUGGAGGUCUCGUCAAGGAAGGAUGCGAGAGCUUCGAGCUCAUGACUUCUGUGUUCGGGAUCAGGCCUCUGGCUGAGCACGUGACUUGCAUGGUGGAUCUUUUGGGCAGAGCUGGGCAACUCGAAAGAGCUUACAAUCUUGUAAUGGAGAAUGUGGAGUUGGCCAAUGAUCCAGGAAUCUGGGGUGCUUUCCAUGCAGCUUGUAGGCUUCAUGGUGAUGUAGAAAUGGGUGAAAUGGCAGCCAGGAAACUGGGGGAGAUGGAUCCUGAAGACCCCGGGAAUCAGGUUGUUUUGGCUAGUGGCUACGCUUCGAAUAGUGAUUGGCAAGCUUCUGAGAAGGUGAGGAAGAUGAUAAGUGGAAAAGGGACGAAGAGAUCCCCUGGAUGUAGCUGGAUUUCAGGUUGAUGACCAUCGUCAAAAUGCUGAACAGGUGGUGGCGAAUGGUUGCGUUAUUAGAUCCAUGGGUGCAUGGGUUCGUAGGUUGUGUUAAGGAUAGGUUCGUGGAUCCAUAAGUUAAGUUAUAAUGGCUAAUGUUUGAAAAGUUUAGAGAAUAAAUUGUAAAUGGCAGAGGUGGAUUAGUUUGUCAAAUGGCUACCAGAAUGUAUUUCUCUGUUAUCCAGACUGAACGGGCAGAAUUACAUUGACCUGUUCAGCUGAAAUUAUAGAUAACUGCAAAUGGUUUCUGUAAACAGGUUUUUGGCUGGCUGAGGUUGCUCCGAAGCAAGCUUCCCAAUAGAACAGGAGGCGCAGUUGCUGUUUGACUGAUGCAUCUAUCUCACAUUGUCCAUUGAGGUGGCCAGGGAAGAUCAUCAACUCCAACAAUCUUCUGCAACUCUGUAAACCGAAACCGAACCAAAAAAAAAAAAAAACAUCAAUGUUCCAUGAAACAACAGUGAGAGGCUGCUUACUUACCUCCAGUAUCUCAGGAUUUUGCAUCAUAGUUCCAAGAGCACGACGGAUCAGUCCCAAGCUAACCACCGGUAGAUUUGACACAAAAGGUCCUAUUCGAUCUCUUUUUAUUAUGAGCCAAUGCAAAGCAAGGAAGGAGUAACUAAAGUUCUUGGUAGACAAAAAGAUGUGUACAUUUUUAUUGCAGUAAACUUUUGGUAGUUGUUUCGUUGGGAGAGAGACAAGAAUAUACGAUGA